UCACAGUGUUAUGAUGCAGUUCCACAACACACAGCCACAUUCACCCACAGACCGAGGUACAGAACAAGAGGCAACCUCUGGCCCCCCAGCAGCUGUCCAGCGUUGCAGCCCCAGUCCUCAGCCCCUCAACUACCCUCCCCCCAAUCCCAUCCCCUUCCCAGUUGAAGGAGCCGAAUGAGAAGAGAGAAGAGUGAGCAGAGAGAGUGAGAGAUAGAUAGACGGAGAUCUCUGGAACAGACCUCAAGCGGGUGCAGACCCCCAACGCCGCCCUGGGAGCUAGCUGCGCUGCUAAUUAUUUGGACCAUACCAUACUGAAAAUGCUAGUCCAGGGGGAGGCGGAACCUCAGAGCAAAUGAGAACAUCCAUUGUGACUUCCAUUUCUAUCUGCUUCUCGUCUGGGGGGGCCCUGUCCGGGCAGCCCCCCCACACUUCUUCUGCCCUGAAACACGGCUCUAGCCAACCUGCUCCGCUGCUUCACCUGCGACCGUCUCUGUGGGGGCUGCACGGCGCCAGCCCCUCCAGCCCGCCAGGGCAUCGUCCUCCAGCCCGUCAUGCCCAGCUGUGACCCCGGCCCGGCCCCCGCCUGUCUACCCGCCAAGACUUUCCGCAGCUACCUGCCCCGCUGCCACCGCACUUACAGCUGCGUCCACUGUCGUGCGCACUUGGCCAAACACGAUGAGCUUAUUUCCAAGUCCUUCCAAGGGAGCCAUGGCCGGGCCUACCUGUUUAACUCCGUGGUCAACGUGGGUUGUGGACCUGCUGAACAGCGCCUCCUGCUCACAGGACUCCACUCGGUAGCUGACAUUUUCUGCGAAAGCUGCAAGACCACAUUGGGCUGGAAAUAUGAACAAGCUUUUGAGACAAGCCAGAAGUACAAAGAAGGGAAGUACAUCAUUGAAAUGUCACACAUGGUGAAGGACAACGGCUGGGACUGAGGGGCUCAGGCAGGCUGUGCCCCUCCUCCGCAUGCCCCACCCUACUCACACCUGCCCCCUGGCCCUGCCGAGCAGUCCACACCAGCAUGAGUACUACCCACCCCUGGGAAAAACUGGCUCCAACCGAUACCUCCCUCCCCUACCACAGCACUACCAGGCCCCUACAGGGGCCUGGGAUACCCCAGGGGUGGCCAAGGCUCAGGAGUGGUUAGCAGUCAGGGAAAUACAGAAUCAGGGGAAGGAGGUUAUGGCACUUAAGAUAGUGAUGGCAGGGCCUGAACUCAGGCAGACUAGACCAGAGGAGUUACCAGAUUUUGAUCCUCCCUUUUCUGAGCGAACAAGCCAAACCCUGGAUGGCGGGGCUAGUAGACUCUAGGCCAGAGACUAGCAGUGGCUUAGUUUAGAAUGAAAUUUCUGUCUCAGACAUCAGGGGCCCAGAGUCUGUGGGUGAAGAUUCCCCACUCCCAUUUGUGGUAAAAGCACUGGGGGUGGAAGGGAACAGGAAGGAAAAAUCUAAGCCCCAGACCCUGGGAAGUCAGUCACAGGGGUUUCCAUUUCACUCCACUGUUUACCUUGGCACUAAAGAGGCACUUUUGCGUAUCUAACCUUUGCCAUUGGGUGGGGUGGGGAAAGCUGCCCUAAAACAGCCCCCACCCCCAGCUGGCUGCUGCCAGAGCGAGCAGUGCUUGCGGGCAUUCCCCAUGGCCCAGACGCUGCUCCCUGGGACCCAGUCCCCUGGAGGAGAGGUGGAUCAACAGUGCUGCGGGACCAGUCCUUCCCGUAGCCGCCACCAGCGAACGAAACUUUUGUAUGAUACAAAGUGUUUGGGUCUAUUUUUAAUAAAAAGAGAAAAACAA